CACCCACUCACCCACUUUCCCCUUUCUCUCCACUUUUUACGGAUCUGCCGUUCCCCUCCCCCCGCGCCGCCGCCGCCGCCGUCGAGUCGUGCCCGUAUCGGCGUGCGGCUUCGGCAGCGGCAGCGGCAGUUCAGGGAUGAGGAGGAGUGGCGGCAAGGCGGAUCCAGCGACGGCUCGGAGACGAGGAGGUUCGGGCGGUGGAUCCGGUGAUGCCGAGGCGCGUGGGUGCCGGAUCUAGUAGCGUCGGCGUCGUCCUUCGCUCUGCCUCUGCUUCGUCAACUACUCGGCCGGCAGUGGCGAUGUCACAGAGGAUCCCCUCUCCAGCUAGAGGGAGGAUGGGCGCCACCCAUGAACCGGCGACGGGAUGGGUCAUGCCGGCGGCCGCCCCCACUGUUCCCUCGCUUUGAAGAGUUGGACCAAAUUUCCGGAAGCUGCCGUUGAUGGAGGUCAACGCCCUGCCCUGAAGCGGUUGGUGUAUGAAGUAGAGAAGGACUGCAUGAAAGUUCUAAGGUUUUGUGGAUCAUACUGUGACCAUGGCCCGGCGGCUGAUAUUAAGAAAUUGUUCCGAAUAUCAACUGAUCGUCAUCCUCGACACGGCCAUCGUCAACGCUCGUCGCCGGCGGCCAACAUGAAGGGCAGGGGUGAUGCAGAGAUGUCGACUUGGGAUGAGCGCGCCGCAAAUAACGACUGGCUCCGGUGGCAGGAGAUUUGAAGAAUCUUGGCGGCUGAUGUCCUCUGCACUGUAAUUUUUUUGGAAAGAACCCAUUUCUACUUCGUUGAUGCCACCGUCUGGCAUUCACAGUCAUGUAAUACUAGUGUUCAAGAUGAAUGUCUAUAUAUUGUCUCCCGUGUGUAAUUUUCUUUACUGGUCAUGUGAUAGAACCAAAAUACAAUUGUCCUGAUAUCACCAUGUUUUUGGUGAUCUUAAUACUAUUCGUAAAGAUAUUACUGAAGAGAUUAAAA